AUGCCUCAUUCCGGAUUUUCGGGAUUUGUUUACAGCUUUUUCAUACGGACUUUGCUUAGAGUUUUGUUAUCAAUUUCUUUCUUUUUCUUCUCUUUUCACAUUGAAGAAACUCAGUAUGAAGUGCAGUUCUGUUCAGAAAUUUUUUCUCUUACCAUUGUUAGAAAUUUUAAUUGGGAUUUUAUCCUCAAUAUUGUCUGCCUUUUUUUUUCGUCUCUGUUUGUCGAGGAUCGUCAACUCGACUCGACUAAUAUUGUCGAGGAUCGUCAACUCGACUCCACCCGAGUCCAGGAGGCUAUGGCUACGAUUGCUGCAUCAAAAGAAGCUGAUAUUCAAACUGCUAGAUUGAGGAAAGGGGGACUACAACAGAUUAAGGCCAUUGAGUUAUCGUGGUGCUGA